GCUGUCACGUGACUCACCUGACAGGGGACAGCAUGGCGGACAUGCAUGUGGAGCCUCAAAACAAAUUGCAUCGAUUGACUAGCUAACCCCGCCGGGAAAAUCACCAAUUCCGUGCGUGAGGUCGGGGCGGCGGUGGCCGAACACACUGCAGGAUGGACGGGGAGAACAAACUCCAGUUCCCGUCUCUGCCCGCGACCAAGGAGGAGCUUCUGGACUGGGCUUAUCCAAUGAGGAGAGAAAUGCAGGAGAUAUUACCUGGACUGUUUUUAGGUCCUUACUCUGCUGCAAUGAAAAGCAAGCUGCCAAUUCUUGAAACACAGGGCAUAACACACAUUGUGUGUGUCCGCCAAGACAUUGAGGCCAAUUUUAUCAAGCCUAAUUUCCCUCAUACAUUUAGAUACCUUGUGUUAGAUAUUGCUGACAAUCCAGUGGAAAAUAUCAUAAGAUUUUUCCCUAUGACUAAAGAAUUUAUUGAUAGCUGCUUAGCAACAGGAGGAAAAGUACUGGUUCAUGGUAAUGCAGGGAUAUCAAGAAGUGCUGCCUUAGUGAUCGCAUACCUUAUGGAAACAUUUGGGAUGAAAUACAGGGAUGCAUUCAGCCAUGUCCAGGAGAGGAGGUUCUGCAUCAACCCCAAUGUGGGCUUUGUUCAUCAACUACAGGAAUAUGAAGCGAUCUACUUAGCUAAAUUGACCAUUAAAAUGAUGUCACCGAUGCAGUUGGGCAGGUCUUUCUUACAGGCCGGGAUGCCAGGAAGUCGGAAACGCAGCCUGGAGGAGGAUGAGGACUUUGGAGCAAUGCAGGUCACAGCAGCACAGAAUGGAUGAGCUUUGCUGAUAUUUAGCCAUGUGGCGCAGUGCACUCAAUACUUUUCUUUUUUUUACAUUUUUAAUGGGAUUAAAAAUGUAAAUAUUUGAACUUUUUCUAAAGGGGAAGGGAUAAGGGUGGGAGGGGGACAACUCAUGUCUGAGACAUGGAGUUCUGACGGGGAACGGGCAAAUUUGAUAACUUCUUUUUUUCCUCGAGCUGUAUGCACUGAUGGGAGAUUUUUUGCAGUUUUAUAGUAUUUAAAGCAUUUUGCAUUUGCAGCGGGACAGUAUUGCAAUAAUGCACUUUUGAUACUUGAAUAGAUGACCAGAAGGGGGCAGCUGGCAAAAGGGAAAGUAGCCAGGACGUCGCCCAGUGGAAGACAUGAGAACAGAGAUAGCUAAUGCCUUUAUUUUCAGAGUACUAGGACUAUGGACUAAUAUCAGGCUUAACGUGGAAUAGUAAGAAAUGGAAAAAUAACAACUUACUGCUUAAUAAAGAGAAGUCUGACUGAA